CAUUGUGAUAUCAUAAUAAUUUCUGAUCGUUGGCCACAAUAGUUCAAUAUCAUAUUAUUAUUAAGUUUGAUUUGUGUUUUGUAUUAUUGUGUUCCACAUUAAAAUUUCAUCAAUGUCUGUCAAAUUCAGUUAUCAAUAAAUAUUAAAUACUACUCAGAUAGUGUACUACUCUUGUUGUUAGGUAUUCUAGUUACAAAUUUAAGAUCAAAUAUUUUGUUACAAGAUUCAAAUCUUAUACAUAUUCAUUUAUCAUGACAUCAACAAAUACAUUGGAGGAUAACAUCAAAAUGUUAGAAAAAUAUGUUGAAUAUUUUCCAGACUUCCCUAAACCAGGAAUUUUAUAUAAGGACAUAUUAUCAUUGUUAAGCCAUAGUGAUGGAAUAAAAUUGUUGGAGACAAUUUUAAAACAAAUUGCCAAUGAAAUGCGUGGUAAAGUAGACUGUAUAGCAAUGUUGGAGACUCGUGGUUUCAUAUUUGCUCCAAUGCUUGCUUUACAUCUCAAUAUACCAUGUAUACCUGUUAGCAAAAAAGGAAAUUUACCAGGUCCCGUUAUUGAGAUGUCUUAUAUUUUGGAAUAUGGAGAAGAUAUUUUGACAGUACAAUCGAAUAGUAUUAUAAAAGGACAGAAGAUAUUCAUAGUCGAUGACUUUCUUGCAACUGGUGGUACAUUAGAAGCAGCUACAAAGUUAAUACAAAAAGCAGGUGGAGAAGUUGUGCAAGGAUUAGUAUUGAUGGAAAAAUUAGAAUUAGAAGGGCGUAAAAGAUUAAAUUUUCCAAUGAUAUCAUUAAUGUCUGAAUAAUUGUUUAAAACAAACCGUUUAUUUAAUUUUAUUUAAUUUUAACUAUGUGUAAUAAAUAAUUUUAUAAAAAUACCUUAUUAUUAAUAAAAUCAUUAUUAUUUAGAAAAAAAAUGUACCUAUGUCCUAUUAUA